AUGCUUGCACAUGUCUCAGGACUGUCCAUUUCUAGGAAAGAUCGAUGGAUUUCAUGCGGUAGAACACUCAUUGUUGGCUAUGACGUUGCCCAUCCAGGGAAAGCAACCAGAGAUGAGGUUGUGAACAAAAUGCCUCCACAGAAGCCAAGUGUUGUUGGAAUAUCGUUCAAUGGUGCUGUGCAUCCCGAGGGCUUUAUAGAUGUGUUCUCAAAGAAUCGUGGAGUGUGGCCGGAAAGUGUUGUCAUUACACGUGACGGGGUCUCUGAAGGUCAAUAUAGAAUGGUAAUUGAAGAUGAACUUGGUGCAAUAAAAGAAGCAUGUCGUGAAUUUGGGGCACUGCAUGGUAAGGAGUCGUGGGAGCCAAAGUUUACCGUAAUAGUGACAACAAAACGACAUAAUGCCCGUUUCGUUGUGGACGGCGAGCACCUCGAAAAUCCGAAGCCUGCAACCGUUGUUGAUACAGAAGUGGUGCGGCAGGAUCUCACCGAAUUUUACAUGCAGAGUCACAAACCGUUAAAAGCGAGUUGCUCUCUACUUAUUGUUGUCUUUCCACCUGUAACACGUGGCUCUUUUAGUACCAUUUGGAUCGGUCAGAUCGGUACCUCAAAGCCUACAGCUUACCAAGUGAUCGUCGACGAAAAUGAUAUGUCGAUGGAUGAAGCACAGUCAUUGUUAUUAGCAUUAACAUUCCAUCACCAGCUGAAGCGAAUGGGUAUCAUAAGAGCAGGGAAACAAAAAGACGCACCUCGGUCUUAUCACAUAAUCUUAGGAUUUUAUGAGAGGCAACAGCGAAACAUUGACCAUUGCAGCUCCAUGAAACGGAAGGAAUGGGGAAAUCGUAAGAUUCGACGAUCGCGAUCCUCGAUCACGGAUAUAGUUCGUGCCGUGUCCACUGAUGAAGCAAUCAUCGACGUGCGCGUAGGGCGUUGUCCGAAUCAACGAAUCAUUGUCGAUGGACGUCUGUUCUUAAUUGAAAACCACAACAGAGUGAAAAAUAUAGCAGCUGUAAAAGCAGAUGUGUCGAAACCUUCUGAACAAAAGAGGAAGAAGGUUGUGAAGGAUCGGCUGCCAAUGUUGAACUAUGAGAUUCAAGGAGACGAGAAAAACUACAAAUUAAAACAACAACUAAGAGAGAGUAGAUACGGUAGCAUAUUUCUCAGCCACGACGACAAAAGUGAGAUCUUCACUUCAUUCAUUGCAAUUACAAUUUACUUGGCAACAUCAAAGCGAAUUUCAGAAGUCUCACCAUGCAGCUCAUUCGACAAGACGAAGUUCAUUCCAAAGCCACAACUCGAGGCGAAACGCAACGAGAGUGCCGACUCGUCCACGAGGACCACUCAGGAGCAGUUUUGCAGCAGUGGCUGGGAGCUCAAAGCACCAUAUUCCCAUAAUGCCACUAAAGAAACGAAAACCGGAAGCGCAACAAAGAGGAAGCCGAGACAUUCCAUGAGCUUGCCAUGUCGUAAGAUGUCAAAAUCUGGAAGGAUAAUUAAUACGUAA